AUUCUCUUCUUUAUAAAGGGAGUACUUCUUCCAAUAUAUAUAUAUAAAAGAAAAAGAUUAACUAUGGCACCAAUUGUAUUGAAAAUCAAGGGCAAUAAGUCUUUUUCUCCUUUUUCACAUAUUGAUUCUGAAGAUGAAUUAUCUAAAACUUGGCGUGUAUGUACUAAAGUAAAAGACUCUUUGGAAAAUGGCUCUCGACUUGAAAACCUUUCCUGGCGCUUAUGGUUUGUGCACAAUGUACUCAAUGAUAACACCAAAACACCAUCUACUUUCCGAACCCUACCGACAUCAACUGCUAUGAAACUUGAUAAGGAAAAAGGUUCUUUAUCUACUAUAAAACGUUCAAAAUCAUCCAAACAACAACAACCUUUAUCAAAUCUUUUGGACACCUCUAUACCUACUACUUUUUUAACACAAAACAAAUUAUUAUCAACGUUACCUGCACAAACGUUGGCAUCAGCUGAACGACUCUUAUUACCAUCCAGCGUCUCAAAAUCACAGAUGGAGUCUCAACAACAGUAUCAACAACAAACAUCCUCAACAUCUACUUCAUCCAACUCUCAGUCCCUAACAAAUAAUUCCUUCUCUCAAGUGAACAUGUCAGCACCAAGUACGCCAUUUCCCCAGUCAAAUUCUCCUCAGGAUGUUAGCUCUGUGAUGCAACCUCCACCUACAAAAUCUUUACCAUCUUCUCGUCCUGCAUCACCAUCACAAGAAAAACAUCAUCGAACUGGUCCCAUCAAUAGUACGCCAUCAGAAGGAAAGCCUGCUAUCUGCUCAAAUUGUCAAAUUUCUUCGACUCCUCUUUGGCGGCGUUCACCGGAUGAUCAAUUAUUGUGCAACGCUUGUGGUUUAUAUCUCAAAUUACAUAAAACGGCACGACCCAAAUACUUGAAACCUCAUUCGAUGAAAGGUAAAGAUCCAUCGGCAGAACAAGAUGCUGUUCAGCCUACAUGUUUCAACUGCAGCACACAAACAACACCUUUAUGGAGACGAGAUGAUGAAGGCCGACCUCUUUGUAAUGCAUGUGGAUUAUAUUUGAAAUUGCAUCAUGAAAAACGCCCUCUCAGUUUAAAAACAGAUUUUAUCAAGAAAAGACAAAGAACAGAUAAUACCUCUACAACUGCUACUCCUGCUUCCAACAAUCAACCUAUCCAACCUCAACAACCAGUUGAAAAUAACUUUAUAGUGAGCCAUCCUAGUUCAUCCUAUCAACUGUCAGCAUCCUCCUCCCUGUCAUCAUCAUCAUCAUCACCGUCAUCAUCAUCAGCAUCCUUAACUUUAUCCUUUCCAACCUCAUCAUCCGUGUCAUUACCCAAGUCAUCAGCAUUGUCAGCAUCGUCAGAAUCAUUGAAUCGAUUACAUCCUCUGUAGUUAGAUAUAUAGAAUCUCGCUUCAUUAUAUAUAGAACUUUAUUUAAUAAACAAAGGUUUACGUAUGUGUGCGUAGAUGUGUGUUUUAUCGAAGAAUGAUCAUUGUUGACCUUUUUUUUUUUUUCUUUACAAGAGGCUAAAACCAUUGGAUU